AUGCCUCGAGCAACCAGGCGCACCCAGGUUGCACCUGCUGCCAACCAAUCUAUCACCAGCUUUACUCGCGUAUCAAAAAUCCAUACUCCCACCGGUGGUACCAAGAAAGUCAUCGUUGAAAUCCAACCAACAGGAACCACCAGGAAACGAAAGGCGGCUGCAGACGAACAAGAUGAUCAUCCCAGGACAAAACCUCGAACCUCCUCAUUCGCUCCCAGUAGCGAAGAUAAAAUUUCUGCGCCAGUCAAACGCCCACUUCGAGGCAAGGAGUCAGUCAUCAGCUCAGUUACAAGAACGACGCCAGUAUCAAAAGGCAAACGAACAGCCAAGACAACCCCCUCAAGGACCAAAACUGCACACAAACCUAUUGGCUCUACACCCCUGUCCGAAAGCAAGAGACAAGGGAAAACAGUACAGACCAAACUUGACGGUAUUUUUAAGAAGCUGAACAAACCCACGGCGGAUAAGGAUGCUUUGCCUACACAUCUCGCUGAGCUCAUCGACAUACACAAAGCAUUUGUCAAGACUAUCAUGAUCCAACUUGCCCAUAACGGAAAGAACUCUCCUAUCGACAUUCGCGCGCUCGCUCCCCACAUCUCACAGUCCUGGGGGAAACGCCAGGUCACUAUCGAGGACAUUCGUCGCUGUAUCGCCAUUCAAAGUUCAGCCAAGUACAAUGCUCAUUCGCCAUUCAUGAUUACAGACUAUGGGCGGGGAAAGAUCUGCGUCGAACGCUCUUCUGCCGAUAUGGCACCUAUCAACGAAGAACGGUUAUUGAGGCAGUUUGGCAUCAACCUACGAGCAUUGGGCACCGAACGCUUUGCUGACGAUAUGGAUAUCGAUCUGCCAUUGAAUACUCUUUCAUUGGACGAGCUCCCCCAGGUUGACAUAAAGAAUAUGGGCAACGGGAUAAAUGUAAACCCUCUUCUCGAUAGAGGGCAACGUGCUCUUUCGGAGCUCAAGAACAGUGUCGCGACGAAGCAGCAUGAGAAGGCAGCCAAACAAACCGCCAUUUCCCACAACCCUCUUCUUAAUCCAGACGGAACCAAGAUGAGCCUUUUGGACAGGCUCCGGCUAAAGCAGCUGACCAAAGCCAAUGAGCCACUCCCUCCGUCAGGACCCGAGCUCCAGCGCCGUGCAGCCCUCAACCGUGUUUGCGACGUCGCGGCCACUAUUUCCAUGUUGACACUGUCUAACCCAAUGUCACUACCACGACAAGCCUUUACAAUGGCAGUGAUUCUCGAGAAACUCAAGGAUUCUCUCCGAAUGCCAGUAUCCAAGGAGGAGGGCGCAGCUUGUGUGCGGCUGAUUGCAAGUGAAGUCGCGCCGGAGUGGCUGCGUGUUGUCACUAUCGGAGGCAGAGAAAAUGUAGUUGUUCAGCGCAACAACCAACCUGUUGACCGAGUACUACAAGAUCGUGUACAUAAGCUACUUGGAUGA